AUGGAAUCAACACCAAGAAGAAUCUUUGCUAUUGGAGACAUUCAUCUUAACUUUGAUUUAGUUACAAAAGCAAAGGAGAAGUAUCCUGGAUUUGAUUCUAAUCCUUCUAAAAAGAUAGAUUAUUUGAAAAUAACAAAGGACAUGACCUUUUGGGGUGAUGAAUGGAAGAAUCAUACUGAAGUGCUUCAACAAUUUUGGGACAAAAAUGUCAAUGACAAAGAUAUUGUCAUAAUUGCUGGAGAUGUUAGUUGGACUAAAAAUAUAAAGAAAGAAGGUGAUAAAGACUUGUUAUGGAUCCAACAACGUCCAGGAAUUAAAAUUAUUUGCAAAGGAAAUCAUGACUAUUGGUUCAAAAGUCGUACUUCUUUCGUUAAAGAGUUAGAAGAAAAAUAUGGAAUGCAUUUCCUGACUGCAGAAAAUGAGUAUUGUGAUGAUGAUGUAAUUAUAGGAGGUACAGCACUUUGUGACUUCAAUUUCAACGUUUGGCCUCCAAUCAAUCCUCAAACAUUUAUCCCUGAACCACUUAUUGUUCCUUUUGAUGAAGGAAAACAAAAGGAAGAAUUAGCAAAAUUGGAUGUAGCAAUUAAGAGAAUGACAGAGAGGUGUAAACGAGCAGAACGCCUUAAAAUAAUUGUUCUUCAUCAUCCUCCAUUUAAUGAGAAUGGAGACGAUUCAGAAAUAUCCAAAAAAAUAUGUGAGUUUAAUCCUAAUUUUUGUAUAUUUGGUCAUAUACACACAUUACCUAGGUUAUAUCAUUUAGAAGAAUAUAAAACAUUUGAUGAUAUUGUUAAUCGUUUUAAUGGCUGUCAUUGUUGUAAAGGAAAUACUUGUUUUCAAUUAGUAAGUUCAGAUGUACGAAAUCAUCAAUUAGUAUUAAUCAGAGAAAUAGAAAAUAGUAAAUUAUUGAAUCAAACGUCUAGAGCAGAGAAGAAGAGAAAAAGAAAAGAACGAAUUAAAAAAGAAAAAGAGUUGAAUAAAAUGAAACAAAUAGACAAAAAUAUUUUAUAA